UAAAUUCGGCAGGCAACCUUGGCCAAGUUCAUCACUAAAAAUCUUGUCUCUGUGAGAGUAGUGUUGUGUGGUUCAAGAUGAAGAUACCUUAUGCUGCAUUAUGUGUGAUAAUGGUGGUGCUCCUGAGUGAAGCGCACCUGACAAAGGCAGUGACAUGCAGCCCUCUGGAGCUGAGCUCUUGCUUUGCUGCAAUCACCUCAUCAGCACCCCCAUCAAGCAUGUGCUGCAGUAAGCUGAGGGAGCAGAGGCCAUGCCUAUGUGGGUACGUCAGGGACCCGAAUCUCAAUCAGUAUGUUAACUCAGCCAACGCCAGGCGAGUUGCUAGUACCUGUGGUGUUCCAUUUCCCAACUGCUAAGUUGGAUUUUAUUUACAGUUAAGUUGGUGUCCUGAUGGUAUAAAUAUAUAUGUUGUGCUUUGAUCAUAAUCCCCAUGGACAUUGCUCUUUAUUUGCCACUAAGUAGGAGUUCUGAUGAGGUAAGUCUAUAUAUGCCGUGCCAUGAUCAUUGUCCUCAUGGACAUAGCUCUCUCGCUUUCUCUCUGUAUUGUUAAAUAGCUUGUUAUGAAAAUAAGGCUUCUUUUAACUAAACUGGAAAACAAUAGCCUUUUACUAAA